CAGACACUAUGCUUCCGACUUAGCUGGCAUGCUAAUUGCUGAUUGGUCAUAGGAUUGUUACUAGUUAAAACAUUUGAAAUACAGUUUAAAAAAGUUUUUAUUUAUAUAUAUAUAUACAAAUAUUAAUUUUAGAUUGUAUUUAAACUGGUUAUUAGAGUAUUCAUGCAUCUAUGAAAUUCAUUUCUUUUUUAUAUAAAAUGAUUGACAAAUAAUCAAUUGUUUCCCUUCACUCUUAAAUAGGGUUCUGUUUUCAGCAUCUUCCCAGCACCAGUCCUCAAGCCUUAGAGGAUACUACUAUUUCCCUGAUAAUAAAUCAAUCUUUAUCAUUGAUUAGAUGCCAGCAGGGUAACGACCCCAGGCAAAUUUUGACUCUCCACAUUAAUACAGAAGAUGGAAAUGAUGCUAUCUAUAUAUGCCUGUUGCACAUGUGACAAAAACUAAAAUGUGGGAUGGAAACGUAAUGACAUGAAUCAACACCUGGAAGAAAUUUAGGAUGGUAAGAAUAAUUUAAUAUUAAGAUUCUGGAACUGAGGCAUUCUGAGACGUGUCAUAGCUGACAACAGCAUUUUUCAAGCGCUUUUGAACAGCAACAAGACUAUCCUGUCCAUUGUGUACCAAGUAGGUAAGACAUGACCGCAUUUGUUUAACCUAUAAUACGUAGUGUACAUUAUGAAUAAUUGUAUUGGCAUUGAAUGUUUAUUUUAAGUUACUGAAGACUUCUACACUAUACUUAUGUGAUCCAGAGGUUUUGGGAUGGAGAAGAUGGAGACAGCUCACACUGCACAGCAGCCCACCUUGGGUGACUCACAGAGCGAGGAGGAGGAGGAUGAUGAUGGCUUUGUUGGGGGGACCGGAGUGCAGUCAGACAAGCGACAGAGUGGCGCGGCGUCAGAGGGUGUGGAUGAAGAGGAUGACGAUGAAGAGGCAGGACCUGCAGCCCAACCCAAGGAGAAGGGUAAGGAGGAUUCCUUUGACCGGAUGCUUUCUAUCUGGGGCACCACCAAGUAUAUCAGCAAGUGGAAGAUGGCCCAUCGGAGAGGCUACCACAUCAACUGCCUGACCGAUGACCCCGAACGCAAGGCCAUGAUCAUGCAGCAUGAGCUGGACUGCAAAACCAGUAUUCCCCUCCCUAUGGUGUGUAUGAUUGAGAAGGAGACCCUGCAGAUUCUACAAAAUAUUGAGAAUGACUACAAGUACAAGUUGGGCGCCAGCCACCAUCUGACGAAAGAGCUUCAUGAGCGUAUUGAGAGCCUGAAGUGCCAGGUAUCCUCCAAGGUUAGGUACAGUGAGCCGGCCCCAGAGGGAGGAGUGCUGGCGACCCUGGUGGGGUGGGGCAGGGCGCUGUCUGCUAUGCUGGGUUGGCGCAGUGGAGCCUCAGCUACUAAAGACGAGAAUGCUCUACCCUGCAAGGAGUGUCCCCUUGAAACAGACGACACAAAAGAAUAAAGACUUGAAUAGAAAUUACUAAUCUGUGAUUCUUCUUGAAGUUACAAGCAUUUUGCUACACCGGCAAAAACACGUAUAUGUGACCAAUACAUUUUUAUUUGAUUUUGUAGUUGUGUUUUGGUAGCAAUUCAGCACAUUUGGCACCAGAGGGCUGUAAUGACUGGACCGUAGUAAAGCUCAGCAUUCUACUACAAACUGCUUGGCCUACAUGUUGCGUUGAGAUAUGGAGGCCAUUUCCCCUGAAGGAAUACAAAACAAUACCACUGUAUUAAAAGCAUGUCUGUUUUACUCAUUGCAUUUUGGAGAAUUCCUUUAGAAAGCCAUUUAUCUUAGAAAAAUACAAGUCAUAUCUAGUCUACCCGGUAUCACUAAAGCUUUGACAUCAGUAACCUACUACAGGUCUUGGUUUUAAGCAGUUGAUUGCUUGGAGCUCCAAUUAUGAACUGUUCGUACCAACCAGAUAAGGAAAAUUGUGUUAUGCUACUCUCAUACCUGUUUGAAUAUCUAGAGCUCAACAAAGUGAUUAAUUAGGAUCCCAAUAAUGUGGUAAUGAAUAGGCUGCAAUAUGAAAAUGAGAGGUUGAACUCUUUUGUAGGCCUGAUAUUCAAUAACCCUUCAGCAAAUGUUUUAGUAAGCUUCACCUUGUAUUUACCUUGAUAUCAUAGUGUUGUUGUAAAAAAAAAAAAGCAAACAUUUUCAAGAAACAAUUGGCAAACCUUGACACAUAUUGUUGAGGUACUGUAUCAUGGAGAAUGCUCUCAGAUGUCUGUUCAUUUCAUUUUAGGGAGCACCAGUGCAAACAGACAAUCCUCACAGGAACUGUAGUGUUAUUAAAUCUUCCAAUAAAACAUGAUUCCGAUGAA